GGUAUAUUUGAACGGCGCAGCUAACGGUCGCACUGAAUAAAGUAUUUUACGUUGGACGGACGCCCGAUGCACAAAUAAAAUUUUUAAAACAAAUCGGGUGCAACGGCCAAUCGCGCAAACAGUGGUUCAAAUCUGUGCAUUUUAGCACGGGAAAAUUGAAAAAAAAAAACUGAAAAAUAAAGUGCGACCGACCGGGUGUUUUGAAAAAGUGUUAAAGGUCGAAAAGUGCAGGCGACACUGCAGUUCGGGGUUCCUUUGAAAAAGAGCAUCUCCAAGUGGUUGACAAACCAGUUAAAUCACAGCCACUUUUUAAGGAGUUACCCAUUUGAGAAUAUUAAUCCGCCAUGGGUCUCAACGGCUGCUGUUCGUGCGUCAAAUAUCUGAUGGUCCUUAUAAACAUUUUAUUCUGGCUCAUCGGACUGACCAUCGUGGUGACCUCCGUUUGGAUGCUGACCGAUCCCACGUUUAUGCUGUCGAUGACACAAAACUACAAUCAUUAUCACAUAGCCCUGUAUGUUUUCCUGGCCAUCGGCAUCCUGAUCACAUUGGGCGCAUUCUUUGGCUGUUGCGGAGUUUGUCGGGAGUCGCAAUGUCUGCUGGUUUCGUUCUUCUGUGUCAUACUCAUCGUGAUGGUGGCACAAAUCGCAGCCGGGGCAUGGGCCUUCCACAACAAAGACAAGCUGGAUGACAUCGUGCGGGCGGCAGUCAAGUCGUCAGUCCAGGAGGAGUACGGCCAGUCCACCAUGAGUUCGCGCACCGUCACCUUUGAUACGCUGCAGAAGAAUUUGAAGUGUUGCGGUGCCGAUGGACCUGGAGAUUGGGCCACGAGUCGGUUUAAUAAUGUGGAUCGCACAAAUAUUGUGGAGAUCGCCGUGUCUUCCAUGAAUGUCUUCUAUAACAUACCCGAGUCCUGCUGCAAGGAUAAUUUAAAGGAUAACGAGUGUGAGCUGUCGCGACGCCUCAAAUUUGGUGGGCCCUUGAACAACGCCAUUUAUCAGCAGGGCUGUGUGGACAAGCUGAUUGAGAUCAUCUACGAGAACUGGGUCACCAUUUUCGCCAUCACCGCCGCUGUCAUUCUGCUGGAGCUGCUGUCCCUGACAUUCGCCCUGAGCCUCUGCUGCGCGGUCAGGAAUCAGCACUACAAGGCCUGAGAAUUACAGAACUCCCAUAGGGAAAUCACGGACGAUGAGAAGUACUAACAAACCAAAUCGAAACGGAUGCAUAGCGAGCGUUAUUACUGAAGACGCGCGAAUGGGGAUAAAGCAUUUAGCAGCGAAGGCUAGCGAGAUAAUGUACGGUGUUCCCUGGUCAAUACUUUAACAACACAACUGACGACAGAAACAACACACUUUUGUAGUACUUUUAACAACAUGACAAGC